AAACAACUCUUCUGAAUUACAUACUGACAGAACAACAUAAUAAAAGAAUAGCAGUUAUUCUGAAUGAGUUUGGAGAAGGAGCUGUGGCCUCCAUGUUCUGGGUGGAUUCUGAGCUGGGAAGUGAUAUCUAUCUUGAUGGUAUUGUAUCUGUUGUUGAUGCAAAGCAUGGAUUGCGGCACUUGACGGAAGAAAAGCCAGAAGGCCUUGUCAAUGAAGCAUCUCGGCAGGUUGCAUUAGCUGAUCUUAUAAUCAUCAAUAAAACAGAUUUGGUUUCAGGGGAAGAGUUGAAUAAAGUCAGAACAUCUGUCAGGUCAAUAAAUGGACUUGUUAAAAUUCUAGAGACACAAAGAUCAAGAGUUGAUCUCUCCAAUGUCUUGGACCUGCAUGCUUUUGACAGUUUAUCUGGAAUAAGUUUGCAGAAAAAGCUUGAGCAUGUAAAGACAACACAUGCACAUCUAGAUAAGGGUAUAAUUACAGUAACAUUUGAAGUUCCAGGAAAUAUAAAAGAAGAAAACUUACAUCUUUUUAUUCAGAAUCUUCUGUGGGAGAAGAGUGUGAAAGAUAAGACUGGACGCACCAUGGAUGUGGUAAGACUGAAGGGACUGGUAUCUAUUCAAGGCAAAUCUCAUCAGGUGAUAGUCCAAGGUGUCCAUGAGCUCUAUGAUCUGGAAGAGACUACAGUAGCCUGGGAAGAAGAUGAAAAGAGAACAAAUAGACUGGUCCUAAUAGGCAGGAACUUGGAUAAGGAGACCAUCAAAGAGGUAUUCAUAGCCACUGUGAGAGAGACAAGGAAGCAGUUGACAUCAAACUACAAAACCCAUGAAAUGUCUGCUUAACCCUGCAAGCUUUUUAUGACAGAAAAGACCGAAUGACAUGCAGUAUAGUAGGUUUUUUUCCUCUUGCAGUUUACACAACAGUUAAACCCUGAAAGUCCUCCUAAGAAUCCCAGCUGACCCACUGUUCAUAGAUGAGCUCUUAUGAUCUUGAAUCAAACACAAGGAAUUCUACCAUUCUGGAUUUGGCUUAAGAUGUGCCAGUAACGUGAUUUACCUGUGCAGAAAUGCAGAUAGGCAAAAGACUCCUUUACACUGUACACAAAGUAUUACAGUAGGAAUAUGGUAAACAUGUUUGAAGCAUAGUGCUUUCUCCAGCUAAGUCUUUUACUGAUGGAAAUGAAGUAACAGCGAUUAUUGCCAGUGAAAAAUAUUUUGUUUACUAUUAAACUGUCUUCCAUCUCUUUCCACUCGUUUGUGAUUUUUGAAUGUAUACAUCCAUCCCAGGUACUGCUAAACCUGUUGUAGAAAUGAAACUAAAAUUUUAAUACAUACAUAGCAGAGGCUCAAGACGACACGGAACAUACACUAUCUGCAUAAUAGCUGUGUGUCAUUUGUCACAUACCUAACAUUUGCUUUAGGAUAAAAGGCACAUCAAACUAAAAAAGAAAAAGGAUGCCAUUCCUUUAUCAGCCAUCUUAAAAAAUAUCUUUGUGCUUCUACUAAAAGAAAUUAGUUUGGAGUUUGUCUCCAAAGAGCUAAGGAAGGAGGCAUGGUUAAUCUUUCACUUCCAGGAGCUGGUGUCUGGAUUGAUUAAUAGAUAAAGUCAUGUGUCCAAAUAGGAUCGAGCUCUUCAGUCUCCCAGUAGAUGCAUUAGCAGAUGUUACUUCAUUCCUCACAUCAUAACUAGUUUUAGAUAGCUUGAAGAAGUUGCCAGAAAUUAGCAAUUUCUGUAAAUUAAGGCAUGGUGAAAAGAAAGAACAAACUACUUGCAAUGCUGCUUUCCGUUUAGCGGAGCACUUGAGUUCUCAUUUGAGUGUGAUGGGUAUACUGU